AUGCGCGUUGAAAACGAAAUAAACAAAUUUGGCUUUAAUGCAAUGGCUCUGACGAGCAGCGUUAUCGAGAACUGGAAAAGCAGAAGUUGGGACGCAAAGGCAAUAUCAUCACCAUCAGAGGUCCUGUGUGAGAUACAACUCCCCUAUACGUCCGUUUUGAUUCUCAUGGAUAUUUGGUCAAGCGAUAUUCAAUAUUCAAGUGAGGUUGAGGAUACUAUUCUUCCAGGUCAAAAAAUAGAACGACUGAAAAUGAUAUCUGGUGAUAAGGAGAUUUUAGGAGUGCCCAAUAUUGCAAAUCAGGAACACGCAAUCAUAGACGAUCUGCAAGUUUCCAGAUAUCAUAAAACAUCAAUUAAGAAGAUAGCUAUGUCCUUGGACGAACCAGAAUGUUCAUGCCCCGAAGUUACGAACAAGCUUUUGAUUCAGAUCAACAUCAUACCUGUGUUUGUGCAGCCAUUCCAAACGAGGAUUAAAUGUGUCUCGUUUCGAUGGCAGACGUGUUUGACGCAAGAUGCGCAAGAUGGAAGCCCCAGUCUUGAAAGUUUGAUCUCAUCCCAUCUUGAAUGA